AUGUAUGCUUCUCAUAUGAAACGUCAUCAGUUGGUCCACACUCAAGAACGUCCAUUUACAUGUUCUGUGUGCUUCAAAAGUUUUAACCACAAAGUAUCAUUGCUCUGCCACACUCGCCUUCACACUGGUGAGAAACCAUUUUCUUGUGAGUUGUUGCAUUUUAUUUUUUUUAAAAAUAUUCUUAUAAUUUUAGGUCGAAAACAAGAACACAAAUGUACAAUUUGCUCCUAUGUGGCCCCCCAUGCUUGUGUUCUCAAACAGCACAUGAAAAAGCACACACAAGAACGACCCUUUGCAUGUCAUUUGUGUCCAAAAGCUUUCAACUACAAAAACUGCUUAGAUAACCAUUUAUGUAAACACACUGGCAUAAAACCUUACAAGUGCCAAAUCUGCUUAAGAGAAUUCAGUGUCAAACAAAGUUUAAAAAGGCAUAUGUUGAUUCAUUUGCCUAAAUUAGGAUAUGUAUUUGAAAAACCAUUGAAACAUAGAUGUCUUCAUUGUGGGUACCUGGCUACCCAUUUAUGUCGCCUGAAACAACACAUGAAAGUGCAUACCCAAGAGCGUCCAUAUGCUUGCAGCUUAUGCCCUGGAACUUUUAACCAUAAAACCAGUCUUAUAAGCCACAUGUAUUCUCAUACUGGUAAAAUGCCUUACAGAUGUGAAAUUUGCUUGAAAGAAUUUGCUUUCAAAUAUAGCUAUAAAAGACACAUGUUGAUCCAUGCGUCAAAAAAGCAAAAUAAAUUCAGCAAAAACUCUUAUGAUAAUGGUUUGGUGAGAGUGUAUGCUUAUGCAUGUUACGAAACUUGUGAGAUAUCUGAAACUGCUCAAACAUAUAAAGUGUAUUAUUCACCAAAUGAAUGUGCUGACUUUUCUUCUCUAGAUCGUCGAUUUUCGUGCCAUUUAUGUCCAAAAACAUUUAGACAAAAAGUUAGUUUGAUAGCUCAUAUGUGUACUCAUACAGGAAGAAAACCAUUCCAAUGCCAAAAUUAUUUCCCAUCUGAGACAGUUUUAAGCCUUGGACAAGAACUGUAUGCUAUAGGAUCUAGAACACUCAGUUUUACAGAUGUGCAGGAUUAUAGAUUUCCAGAUUUUGAUACUCUUUCAACAUUGGGUGUAGAUGGUAAUUGUGUGUUUGCCAGUGUCAGCGUGAGAGACCACCGCAGUAAACAGACUGUGUUUCGUCCAUUUGCUUGUCCCAUGUGUCCUAAAACAUUCAAUUCAAAAGUGAGUCUGGAUGCUCAUUUGUGCUCUCAUACUGGACAAAAGCUGUUUAAGUGCCAGAUUUGCUCGCGAGAAUUCUCUUUCAAACAUAGUCUGAAAAGGCAUCAGAUGAUUGUACAUGGAAAGCAUGACUAAAUUGUCAAUUUAUGUUGCCUUUUUUAGAUCUAUCAAACUAUUAAAUACAUAUAUUGGUUUAA